AUGUCGAGGGAGGCGCAACCCGCGUACGUCAAGGGUCAGCGCCUUUGGCUGGUCGACGACGCCACCGGCGCGUUCGACACCGAGGUGCUGGUCGAGCAGGUGGUGGCCCGAGAGCCCUCUCGCAAGACGGGCGCCGACUUCUUCGCGGCGCUGGUGGCCCCCCUGACCGGCCACACGGGCGGCGGCGAGAAGGAGAGCCUCCCGGGGUCGGUGGCGGUCGCUCCCGCGGGUGGCGGGCCCGCGGUGUGGAUCCGCCCCGAGCAGCUCGCCGCCAGGCUUUCCCCCGUGCCGCAGCUCGCGUGGCCCUCUCCUCAGCAGGCCAGCGGCGCCUGGGACGCAGGGAGUGCCUGCGUGCUGUGCUCUGAGGGCGCCGAGGCGCAGUUCGCGGGAAGGGGGCUCUUCAUCCCCAAGGACUCGAGGAGAGACGUGGCCUGUUCUGUGCGGGCCGCCGCGAGCGCGCUCAACGAAGGCACGCUGGAGUGCUCGGAGGGCUUCUGCGCGGUCUUCUCCUCCGACCGGGGCCAGUGGUACGUGCUGCAUCGCGCGGGCCUGCGCGACGCCGCCCUGACCAGCUUCGGGCUCCCUGACGGCAGGGUGCCUCCGCCGAGCGGCCCGCCGGGCAUGACGCCGCGGCUCGCGUGUUCGGGGUCCGUGUUGGGGCUGCCGGGCGACGGGCCCACGUUCGAGCCGGGGGACAGGAUCGAGAUGAAGAGGUACGACGGCGAGGACUGGGAGGCCGGGGGAGAGGUCAGGGACGUGGUCACCGACGGCCCCCGCCAGCUGGGCGACCUCGAAAUGCCCGUGGGCUCGGUUCUGGUGGCGUUCCAAAACGGGGCCGCCCUGAAAUGGGUCUGGGCCCAGGAGGUGCCCACGCGGCUGCGGAAGGAGGAGAGCGACAGGAGCCACAGGGACGAGAGUGACAGCGACAGUGGCGCCGUCUUCGACCUGGAUGCCUGGGCGGCCGCGGAUGCCUCGGGCAGUGAGGCCGUGGCCGAGGUCCUGGGCUUCUCCGCGGGCGACGGCGCCGAGGUCUGGAGCAACAGCAAAGGCGUCUGGCUGCCUUGCCUGGUCCUGGCCGUCUUCCCACACGAGGUGGAGGCGGACGGCUUCACGGUGCCCCCCAACACCGUUAAGGUGCAGUCCGAGGCCGGGGUGAAGUACAUCCGCGAGGACGCCGUACAGCGAGCUGUUAGAGUGGGCCCAAAGCAGUGA